AAUUAAAUCAUACUGUUACAUAUAUUUAAUAAUUAAUUGAACUGUAUACUAUUUAGAUACUACAUCUACUAUCUAGUAAUAAAGACCAGUUUCAUAUAAUAACAACCAUGGUGACCUUGAAAGUUUUGUUAUUCAUUUUUGUGCUCUCCAACAACCGCAAUUUGUUUACUUUUGCACAGACACGUCGUUGCUUCGACUGCGUUUCAGUUACAUCAUGCGAAAUAGCCCUUGACUACGCACGUAUGAUCCGUGUUGGUACUCUGCCCAAUGAAAGUAGACAAGUUUUUAUGAAAGCCAUAUGUGGCUUUGAUCCAUAUAAUCGUAUGCCAAAGGUAUGCUGCUCAGACUUUCCCGUGGUUAACACGAAAACGCGUGGAGGGAUACCUGAGGAAGACAGUAAUCUCUCUGCUGAAUCCAUUGAAAAUCAUCGGAACGUUGGUCUGUUACCUCUACACUCCUGCGGAGAUAUCGACGGCGCGCGCAUAACAGGCGGCGAAUUCGCUAAGCUGUAUGAGUACCCCUGGAUGACGCUCAUCGCUUAUAAUACUACAACUAUGGGUCAAAGAUUUUUAUGCGGAGGGAGCAUAAUUAACUCAAGAUAUAUAUUAACAGCGGCGCACUGUGUUAUCCUAAAUGGCAAGUUCCAGAACAUAGCCGGAGUGCGCAUUGGGGAGUUAGAUUAUAGCACUGAUACAGACUGUCAAGGACACGGCUUUAAUAUGAUUUGUGAGACUAAGGUUCAGGAUAUCGAUGUGGAAGAAAUAAUACCCCAUGAGAAUUUUAAUGAACUAAAUAAAUCAGCUGGUGGUGACAUUGCACUACUCCGCCUCAGUGAACCUAUAAUUAUGUAUAAUAAUGCAGCUCCAAUAUGUCUGCCAUUGUAUGACAACCUGCGCACCAUGAGCCUCGCGGGCCUCAGAGGGACUGUGGCUGGCUGGGGAACCAUGGAGAAUAACGUACAGACGACUAAACUGAUGAAGGUCGAAAUUCCAAUUAAAUCACGUGACGAAUGCAUCUCUUCCUACCGCAGCCCUACAGUUAAAACAUUUUGCGCCGGUGCAAUGAAAAAGGACUCUUGCAGUGGCGACUCUGGAGGUCCAUUUAUGGUAGAGUCAGACUUUAAUGGAACAAUACGUCUCGUUCAAUACGGCGUUGUUUCUUUCGGUAAAAAAUGUGGAGAUCAUCCUGGAGUGUAUACAGAUGUGUCAAAGUAUAUGGAUUGGAUAUUAGAUCAUAUUAAAGAAUAACGAACAUAA